AUGGAAACUUCGGCCAGAAGACGAACCAAGGAUGAUUCGACGGCCAAGGAAAGCACUGGAUCCGAAACGUGUCUCGAUGGAGCAAGAAUGCCGACAGAAAAUCCUCCUUUUACGCUGAAAGAUUUAAAAGAUGCUGUACCGCCACAUUGCUUCGAGCGAUCUCUCCUUACUUCGAGUUUAUAUUUACUCCUCGAUUUGACCGGCGUUUUCGUGCUGUAUGCGGCAGCGUUCUGGGUGUUUAACGCAUCUUUGCCGGUUUACGUUCACGCCGUAUUCUGGCCGCUUUAUUGGCUUUGCCAGGGUUGCGUUGGAUUCAGCGUGUGGAUUAUUGCGCACGAAUGCGGUCACUACUCGUUCUGUAACAGCAAGCGAAUCUGUGAUAUCGUCGGGCUAAUUCUACACACUGCACUUUUUGUCCCGUAUCAUUCAUGGCGUAUAUCGCACGCAAAGCAUCACCGGAAUACCAAUCGAAUGGACGGCGACCAAGCAUUCGUCCCUAACACAAGAAGCUUUCUGAAGUCGGAGAACGAAUUAGAAUUUCCAAAUAUCUUCUUCAGGGUUCUUCACAUUGUUAAGUACCUAACAAUUGGUUGGCCGGCAUAUUUGUUUUUUCAUGCUCGUGGCAGACCUUAUAAGGAAUAUCGGCUGCGACCGAAUCAUUUCAACCCUUACGCUCCCAUUUUCUCUCCUGGUGAUUUCUGGGAUGUGAUCGUGAGCGAUGUGGCCUUGCUUGUGUGGAUUGGUAUCCUGUUCUAUCUCAGCGCCCAUGUCUACUCAUUCGGGUGGUUGGUGUGUCUGUACGUGGUACCCCUUAUGAAUGUUAACAUGUGGUUGGUGAUAGUCACCUACCUGCAGCACUCCGAUGUCAAAGUACCGCACUACGCCGACGAGGAAUGGACUUGGCUUAAGGGGGCGCUGUGCACAAUCGACCGAGAUUAUGGAAUCCUGAACUAUGUGUUCCAUCACCUCACGGACUGCCAUGUAGCUCACCACCUGUUUUCUUACAUGCCUCACUAUCAUAUGGCAGAGGCCACCGAAGCCAUUAAGCCGAUACUUGGACGGUAUUAUGCCUAUGAUGGCACCCCCUUUUGGAAAGCAUUGUGGAAUACUGACAGCUACUGUCGAUUUGUCGAAGACGGCGGCAAAAUUUUGUGGUAUAAAUUCUUGCCUGAGCAUUGA